AUGAAUCGUAAUAAUAAUACAGCAUCUUCACGUUCAAAUAAUGAUGGUCAUAGUUAUUAUAAAAUAACGCGAACAGUAACAAAUUCGGAUGGAAAAAAACAAACAGAAACAGUUGAAAUGGUGGAUGAUGACGCAAUCAAACAUAUGCAAAAUUUACGUUUACAACAUGAUGAUAAACGAGAUGAAAAUCGAUUUGGUUUUCAUUCAUUAAGAAAUCCAAAAAGUCUUUUUCGAUCAACAAAACCAACUGCUGAUAGAAAUGCAACUGCCGCAGCAGCAGUUCAAGAUAAUACUGAAUUUGCUCAAGAAGCAUUAAAAUUACAUAAUGAAUUAAGACGUAAACAUGGCGUUGAACCAUUAAAAUUAAAUAAUGAUUUGUCAAAAUUAGCUCAAGAUUGGGCUAAUCAUUUAGCUUCAACUAGAGGACUUGUACAUAGUAAAACAAAAUAUCGAAAUACACAAGUUGGAGAAAAUCUUUAUUGUCAAUCAUGGCCAAUGACAGGUAAGGAAAUGACUCAAUCAUGGUAUAAUGAAUGUAAGAAAUAUGAUUAUCAUAAUCGUCAAUUAUAUCAAUCUGAUACUGGACAUUUUACUCAAGUCGUAUGGAAAAAUUCGCAAGAAGUUGGUUUUGCACAAGCACAAGGUAGUUCAAUGAAUUUUGCUGUUGCAAUGUAUUAUCCUGCAGGAAAUUUUCUUGGUGAAUUUGAUAAAAAUGUUUUUCCUCCAAGUUAA